AAAACCUUACAAGAUUGCCCAACUAAUCUGAGUUUGCCCAGCAAGGUACAUUUCACAAAUAUUGAAAAAAAGCAGCAACAUUUUUUAGUUGCGUUUGUUAUUUAAUUUAUGGAAGAAAUUUGACUAUGUCUCUGGCAACACUACGUAACUGAUUUUUCCUAAUGUCACUUCAGUCGCUGUCACAACUGUAACAAAGUUGGUGGUGAAUUUUGCGGGCCAAAAGUCGUGUGAAAAACUUUCUUUAAAACUCGAUUUCUAAUUAUAGCAGGAUGUAUAGUGCUAAGACAAAAAAUACAAGAAAAAAGAGAACGAAAUUAGCUUCGAGACAAUACAGAAAUUAUUCAGAUGAAAUGCUAGAAUUAGCGGUUGACAUGGUACAAAAUAAUAGAAUGUCAAGUCGGGAGGCAGAAAAGAGGUUUGGAAUCCCUCGACGGACAAUAUUAAACAAAAUAAGAAAAAUUCACCUGAAACCAGCUGGAGGACAAAAAAAAUUAACUGACGAAGAGGAAGAAAAACUGGCAAACGUGUUGUUAGCUUCAGCAGAUUACGGCAGCCCCAUGACGAAAAUGGAUGUAAAAAUGUUAGUCUAUAAAUAUGUUGAAAAAAAUUCACGAACCGAUUUAUUUGAUGACAAAUUACCCAGUGAUACGUGGGUAGCAGGAUUUCUACACAGAAAUCGUUCGAAAUUAACCAUCAGAACAACUCAAAAUAUAAAAAAGGUACGGGCUGAGAAAGGAUUAGAAGAAAUGGAACAAUUUUAUGCUAAUUUAAGUGAAACGCUAAAUGAUGUACCACCGAUGAACAUACUGAACUACGACGAGACUAACUUGUCCGACAAUCCAGGCACUUCAAAAUGUGUUUUUAGAAGGGGCGUCAAACAUCCUGAAAGGAUACUAAAUAGCACAAAGGGUUGUAUUUCCAUCAUGUUUACUGCAUGCGCAGCUGGGGCUUGUUUACCAACAUAUGUAGUUUAUAAAUCCUCAAAUUUGUAUUCCGAGUGGAUUGAAGGAGGCCCAGCUGGAACUAGAUAUAAUUGUUCCAAAUCCGGUUGGUUUGAUACAGCUUCAUUCGAAGAUUAUUUUAAAACUAUAGUAGUUGAGUGGGCAAAACGGAUUCCCGGGCCAAAAGUAGUAAUUGGUGAUAAUUUGUCUUCCCAUAUAAAUAUUGAAGUUGUAGAGUUAUGCCAAAAACACAAUAUAAGGAUGGUAUUUUUACCACCAAAUUCCACUCACCUAACGCAACCGCUGGACGUAGCGUAUUUUGGCCCACUAAAAAGAGAGUGGAAAAAGAUUCUGUUGGAUUACAAAUUGAAAAAUCCAGGACAAUCUUCCUUAAAUAAAAAACACUUUCCAAAACUUUUGGCUCAAUUAUUAGAAAAUAUGAAACAUAAGGAAAGUAAUAACAUAAUAAGUGGUUUCAGAGCCACAGGGAUAUGGCCCGUAAAUCCACGAAAUGUUUUUAAGAGAAUCCCUGAGUAUUUAGACGAUUCAGAAUAUGGAAUUGAUACAGCUUUGUUGGAUUAUUUAAAAGAAUCAAGGGCUGCUAAGCCCAUGCAACUAAAAAGAAGUAAGAAAUUACACACAGAACCCGGAAAGUCCGUUUGUGCUGACGAUAUUUCGACUCAACUGACAGCACGUAAAAAUAAAUCUGUAAAAAAAAAUACUAAAGAGGCAACAAUAAAGACUAACCAAGAAAGAGACAUAGAAGAUAUUAUGGCGUGGGACACAGAAAAUGAGAUUUACUUAAAUGAAAUUACAGGUGAAGUGAUAGAAAAAAAGGGAACGAUUGAAUACGAUAUGCCAUCAACCUCCUUUGGAAUCAUCGGUUGCGGAGAACCAGCACUAUGGCCCCAAUUUUCACCGGUGAUCUAUAAUCCAGCCAGACUUGAUGCACUUAGUAUCAAAAUUAUCAACAUGCAUUUAGGUUUAGCAGCACACUAUACUAACGAUCAACAAGUUGACGUGUGUGUAUUAAAUAAAUCAAUGAAAAGUUGCAGCCAGAAUCGGCUUUUUGUUGCUCAUGAUGAGAAUGAUACUCCUGGAUGUUUACGAACAAUGACGAAUAUAUUUUCAUCUCAACCUAAAGUUAUAAUAACCUCAGAUGUAAGAGUAACACCAAAAGAAAUGAUGGACAUCAAGAAAAAAAUUAGAUUAGGUACUGAAACCAUCGGAAAAUCAGCCUUACAGAUGAAAAUUGUUGCAAAGAAAGUUGAAACCAAUAAAAGAAAACAGGAAAGUGUAAAUACUGGAAGAAAGGUUACGAAACGGAAGAAAUUGAGACCAUAUUAUUGUGAAACGAGUUCUGAAUCGGAUAUUCUGAGUAUUGCAAACACAGAUGAUUCUGAAUAUGAGACAUUUGAUGAAUAUCUAUCAACAUGUUUACAAGAGAUAGAGAAAGAAAAUUUCGACCCAGAAAACUCCAAUCCACCAUUUGGGCUUGGUGAUAUAAGAUACUUUACAAACGAUGUGAAAUUAAAAGAAGAGGACUGGGUUAUAGUCAAAUUUGCAACAAAAAAAAGCGUAAAGCACUUUGUUGGUCGUGUACUAUAUUUAAAAAACAGUAUUCCUACAGUAAAAUUCACAAGAAAAGUAAAAAAUGCAAAAGGUGGUAAGGUAAUCUUUUCUUACCCGAACGUGGAGGACGUUUGUGACGUAAAUGUAGAUGACGUGGAAAUUGUAUUACCUCCUCCAAAUAUUUCGAGACGAGGCCAAAUAAUGUUUGAUUUUACAUUUAAUCCUUCAUACAACAUUCAGUAAUAAAAUGUUUUGAUGGAUUAGGCGCAUAAUGCCACAUUCGCAAAAUGACAUUUUAAAAUUUCGUAAAAUGUUACAUUUUUAAAUUGUCAUAUUCCGAAAACGCCACAUCGCAAAACGUCACAUUACCAAAAUACCAUUUUCGAAAAUGUCUUAUCGCAAAAUCCCGUUUUCGCACAAUGUCAAAUAAUCAAAAUAUCUAAAUGUCACUUGGGACAGUAUUUUUUUAUAUUUAGACGUUAAAUGUUAUUAUGAAUAACGCCACCUAGCUAUAACUUUAAGAAAG